CUGUGCGGCUAGCUAACUCUUGCUAACUUUCCAGUAACUUUGUUUCGGGCUACUUCAAGGGACCAUCGUCAAACUUGCAGACGCCAGGAGAGGGAGUGUUAUGUACAGCCAUUCGCUGACUGGGCCACUUUAAGUGAAAUGGGGAAGCCUUGAAACCUCCAUGUUUGUAUCUUGAAAUUGCGAGCGGAGUCGAGCACCAUAUUGAAUCAAAGUUGCCGUCUCCGUGACAAAUGUUGUCUAAGUUUCACACUUCAAACUUAAGCGGGUAGACUAUCUAAGCGGACUACAACAUCCGAAGUAGCUGUAGGCAACUUGUUGCCAUGUUUCCCCGCGCGCUUCGGCUUCGUUCUCGUGCAUGUUAAGUUGGUUUAAUGCACGGAGUCAGCAAACAAUCUCUAACUUUAAAGUGUGAGAGCAGCACUCUGGACCAGACCUGGAUGCGAUGGACACUCCGUCCUCAAUAAUUACCCAAGUCAGCCGGGAUGAAGAGGGAAGUAAAGCCACAGAAGAAAGGGGUUCUUCCCCGUCUCUGUCCUCCAAGAAGCCCAGGGGCAGAGGCCUCUUCUCCAGCCUGUUCUGCUGCCUGCGUCGAGACCAGCCCGAACCCCCACCAGUCAACAACAACGCCCCUCUGCUGGUCGAGGACAACGGAACCGUCUCCAAGAACCAGGUGAAGCCACUGCUUCCUCCAGCAAAGUCCAAAUACUCUGGGAAGACCUGUGUGGUUAUAGAUCUGGAUGAGACGUUAGUCCACAGCUCUUUUAAGCCGGUUAACAAUGCAGAUUUCAUUAUUCCUGUGGAGAUAGAUGGAACAGUACACCAGGUGUACGUCCUGAAGCGGCCUCAUGUCGACGAGUUCCUGAAGAGAAUGGGAGAACUGUUUGAGUGCGUCCUGUUCACUGCCAGUUUAGCGAAGUAUGCAGACCCCGUCUCCGACCUCCUGGACAAGUGGGGCGCUUUCCGCUGCCGCCUGUUCCGGGAGUCCUGCGUCUUCUACCGAGGUAAUUACGUCAAGGACCUGAGUCGCCUGGGGCGCGAUCUGAACAAGGUCAUCAUCGUGGACAACUCCCCCGCCUCCUACAUCUUCCACCCUGACAACGCAGUGCCCGUGGCCUCGUGGUUCGACGACAUGUCCGACACCGAGCUGCUGGACCUCAUCCCGUUCUUCGAGAAGCUGAGCAAAGUGGAUAAUGUGUACACGGUCCUCAAGCACCAAGGGGCCGCGAGCUAGCAGCGUUCCGCUUCUCAUCCCAGCCCCGAACAAAACGGCGUACAAAACGGCUACACCCCACACCAGCGAGGCUCCGGCUCCGGCACCAGCUAUCGCUGCCCACCAGAACACGGACUGCAGCUCACAGCUGACUGAGCUUUUACCUUCCCAGUAUCAAACCAAGAUCCCCUUUAGGGACUUUGAUGGCGUCAUCACUGCCAACACCUGGUCAAACACAGAACCCCCUAUCAACCUACCAUGAACCAGCUGAUGUGGAUGGAUGGAUGGAUGGAUGGAUGGAUGGAUGGAUGGAUUUCAUUUAAGGACGUUUCUCCAGUGUCCCAGAACAGCAGUCUGGAGCCAUGAAUCGUGGGUACUGGACUUCUCAUGGAUUCAUCAGUCUGUUCCUGCAAACGAUGCAGGAAUCAAGCGGAAAGGACCUUUCGGAAAGAUUUACAUGCAAAGGAAACUCGACCAGCGUUGUCAUUUCGUCCCUGAAAGAAGAACGGUGUAUACGUACUGUUACAUGUCUUUUUAAACAUUUUGGUAUACCAUCAUCUUUGUCACACACGCACCGUAGUUUUGUGAAUUAGCACACUAUUUGUCGGCAGUCAAAGCAUGUGUGAUCCUCGGCUGUCAUUUUAGAGUUUUUAGAGUGACGUGAUCAUGUAUUUUUCAAUAAUCAUGACAGCGUUAUGAAUGAAUCUGAUCAGAAACAGUUGGGAUCAGGAGUUGUUAAAUUCACUAAAUGAUUGGAAAGCACUUUGAAAGUACAGUAUUUUCUAUAGUAAACACCUCUUUUACUGCAGUGUAAAAAAAAAAAAAAAAAGAUUUUAGCACAAUUUGUAUACUGAACCUUGCUUACACAACAGCAUUGCAUAAUAAAUGGGGAUUUUUUUUGCGGUUGUUGAUAUAUAAUUCUAGUAUCAAAAUAGGUGGAAAAAAACUCCUUUUGCAGCAAGUAGCGAUAAAACUUUUUUUUUGUUCUUUGGUAUAGACCAAAAACAAUAAGCCAUAUGACAAGCCACGUAAAACACUAAUAUGAAUAUCAAACUAUCUGCACAUGCCCGUGGAAGAGCAGCUGCUUUGGUUUUUUUCAGAUGCAGAAUUCCAAAGGUGGUUAAAGGAUUGAUGGACAGCUGAAAUGCAAUGUGUCUGCACCCGUGUCCCGAUAGAUGUUAUGACCCCAGAGACGAGGGCCAGACUCCGCCUCGUGGGUUCUGUUCCUACACACGAAACUUGAAUUUCUCACAGCAUUUUUACAGACUGUGUUUGAAUGGACAGCUGUAUGCUGCAAAAAGGUUACAUUGUGGUUUGUCAAUUGGGUUCCUAAAAGCUUCAAAGUACAAUGUUUUCUUUCUGUUUUCUACACGGUACACAUAGGCUG